AGGAGGGUGGUAUCCGAAAGCUAGUGUACUGCACGUGGAGUGGUUCCCCUGGUACGGAGGGAGCGUCUCGGGGCUGGACCUGUUUUCAGGUGAACUGAGGCCCCGGAGUACCAUGGGGCGCAAGUUGGAUCCUACAAAGAAGGAGAAGCGCGGGCCGGGCCGAAAAGCCCGGAAACAGAAGGGUGCAGAGACCGAACUCACCAGAUUCUUGCCUGCAGCUGAUGAUGAAAAUUCCAAAAGGCUGUCUAGUCGUGCUCGAAAGAGGGCAGCCAAGAGGAGGUUGAGCUCUGCUGUAGCCCUUGAGAUGAAUGAGUGUCCUGGGGCCAGACCAUUGCCUGGAAAGCUACCAAAAGGGAUCUCUGCAGGAGCUGUCCAGGCACCUGGUAAGAAAGGAGCCCAGUCCUUAUUUAACAGUGCUCAAGGCAAGAAGCGCCCAGCACCAGCCCAUAACAGUGAGGAGGAAGAGGAGGAGGAAGACUCUGAAGAUGAUGGUGUGGGAAACCAGGAGGACUUCUGGGGCUCUGAGGACAGUGAUGCUGAUAUGGUUGAUGACUAUGGAGUAGGCUCCAGCUCAGAGGAUGAAGGUGAAGAGUUGCUGCCCAUUGAAAGGGCUGCUCGGAAGCAGAAGGCCCAGGAAGCUGCUGCUGGGGGCCAGUGGAGUGAGGAGGAGACUGAUGAAGAGGAGGAAGAGGAGAAAAUGUCCCCUGAGUCAGGCCCCCAAAAGGAGGACAAGAUAGAUGAGGAUCUGCAGAUCAAUGUGGAUGAAGAGGAGCUUUUUGUGCUGCCCCCUGCUGGAGAGAUGGAGCAGGAUGCCCAGACUCCAGACUUGCAACGAGUUCACAAGCGCAUCCAAGAUAUAGUGGGAGUGUUGCGUGAUUUUAAGACUCAGCGGGAGGAAGGUCGGUCUCGAUCUGAAUAUGUGCACCGGCUUCAGAGGGAUCUGGCCACUUACUACUCCUAUGGGGACUUUUUGCUUGGCAAGCUCAUGGACCUCUUCCCUCUGUCUGAGCUGUUGGAGUUCUUAGAAGCUAAUGAGGUGCCUCGGCCCAUCACCCUCAGGACCAACACCUUGAAAACCCGGCGCCGAGACCUUGCUCAGGCACUAAUCAAUCGUGGGGUUAACCUGGAUCCCCUGGGCAAGUGGUCAAAGACUGGAUUAGUGGUAUAUGAUUCCUCAGUGCCCAUUGGUGCUACUCCCGAGUACCUGGCUGGGCACUAUAUGCUGCAAGGAGCCUCCAGCAUGUUACCUGUCAUGGCCUUGGCGCCCCAGGAACAUGAGCGGAUCCUGGACAUGUGUUGUGCCCCUGGAGGAAAGACCAGUUAUAUAGCCCAGCUGAUGAAGAACACGGGUGUGAUCCUUGCCAAUGAUGCCAGUGCUGAGCGCCUCAAGAGUGUUGUGGGAAACCUGCACCGGUUGGGAGUCACCAACACCAUUAUCAGCCACUACGAUGGGCGUCAGUUCCCCAAGGUGAUAGGGGGUUUUGACCGAGUACUGCUGGACGCCCCCUGCAGUGGUACCGGCAUCAUCUCCAAGGACCCAGCUGUGAAGACGAACAAGGAUGAGAAGGACGUCCUGCGCUGUGCUCACCUUCAGAAGGAGCUGCUCCUGAGUGCUAUUGAUUCUGUCAAUGCCACUUCCAAGACGGGAGGCUACCUCGUCUACUGCACCUGUUCUAUCAUGGUGGAAGAGAACGAGUGGGUGGUAGACUAUGCUCUGAAAAAGAGGAACGUGCGGCUGGUGCCCACAGGUCUAGACUUUGGCCAGGAGGGUUUUACCCGCUUUCGAGAAAGGCGCUUCCACCCCACUCUGCGCUCUACCCGCCGCUUCUACCCUCACACCCACAAUAUGGAUGGUUUCUUUAUUGCCAAGUUCAAGAAAUUCUCUAAUUCUAUUCCCCAGUCUCAGACAGCCCCAGGAAAUUCUGCAGCAUCCACCCCUACAAACCCAGACUUGGGAGACCUGAAAGGUCAAGUGACCCCUGAGCCUCAGAGCAGCAGCCAGCCUGCCAAGAAGGCCAAAGUGGCUGUGAAAGCAGAGCGACACUUGCAGAAACGGCAACACCCCAAGAAGGCCUCUUUCCAGAAGCAGAAUGGCAUCCCCAAAGGGGCAGACUCUGAAUUGUCCACUGUACCUUUUAGUACAAAGGACCCAGCUUCCUCCAAGCUCCAGGAUGGUAGUCAGCCAGCUGAAAAGGCCAAAGUGACAGUAGUGGCCAGGAAAUCAAAGGUGACUGGGAUAAAAAAGCAACAGUCACCUAAAUUGCAGGCUUCCAAGAAAGUUCCCUCCCUGAAGCAGAAUGCUCCUCCCAAGGGUACAGAUGCAGAGAUACCUGCAGGGUUGCGGCUCUCCCAGACUCUGGCCACUCAGAAGGCUGAGAACUGUGUUCAGCCCUUUGGGAAGACCCAGGGGGCUAAGAAGGUAAAGCAGCAGUUGCCACAGAAGACUUCCAAGAAAGCUGCCUUCCCAAAACAGAAUGGUACCCCCAAGGGACCGAAGACUCCUGUCAUGUCCUCUCUUGGUUCCAGCCAGCCCCCACCCGCAAAGAGGAGAAAAUCUUAAUCCAGGUGGAUGGUUAAAACUAGACUGGGCUGCCUCCUUGGCUGUUGUCACUGGGUCAGAAACCUUACCUCUGUGAGGAUGGCUUUCCCACUAUGCCUAUGAAAUUUAAUAUACAUUUUGCAAUCUCUG